UUAACACAGCCUAAAGUUUUUUAUUGAUUAUUUUCUCCGAGUCUCCGGUUAAAACGAUACUCGGUUGUGGCCCCCUCCUCUUUUUUUUAAACUUGGGAGCCCUUCCUGAAAAACAGAAUCAAGCUGUCAAAUGCUUGUUGCUCGAAGGAAAAGUCGGCGCUAGUGUUUUUAAAAAAAAGUAUCGUAUUAACCGUAAAGGACGCGGUCUCCUUUACAAAUCUGUUUGAACGAUAAGAUGUUAAAUAGCGCGUCGAGUUUUUAUGUUUAAUUUUGAACUCGAGCUCGUUAGUGUUUUGUUUGGCUGUAUCGGGUGGGUUGCGGUGUCGGUUCGUGACUCGGUCUCUGGCUAGCAGCGAGAUUUGGUGGCGAUGAGACCGUUAUUAAGAAGUGCCUUUCAGAUGACUCCCUGUGUCGCUGAUCUCUGGUCGCUGCCUGCCUGUACCACCCACACUCCUCUCUCUCCACCUCAGUCAGAGUACUAAUCCUCCCACCUCAAACCAUUCCUUUCUCCACCUGACUGCAGCAUUCAGUCAACCCACAGCCACAGGAAAGCAUAAACUGCCUGCUGUCAAAGUAGUGUGCGGAUCAUGCUAUGCAGGAACAUUACAUUUCUUGAAUAAAAACAGACGUGUGAUUCACAAUCCACCAACCUAUUACAGUAAACAACUACGCCAUACUCAGUCAUCCUGAACGUAGUGGAUAAGUGCCCAUAUAUCUCAUUUAGUGUGUUUCACUGUGGCUGUCAGCAAAAUGUCUGUGGCAUUGCCAGCUGUGCGCGACACUAAGUGGCUGACUCUGGAGGUGUGUCGUCAGUUCCAGAGAGGCACGUGCUCUCGCAGUGACGAAGAAUGCAAAUUUGCUCACCCACCCAAGAGCUGUCAGGUGGACAAUGGCCGAGUUAUCGCCUGCUUUGACUCCCUAAAGGGUCGGUGUUCAAGGGAUAACUGUAAAUAUCUGCACCCUCCAUCUCACCUGAAGAGUCAGCUGGAAAUCAAUGGAAGGAACAACCUGAUCCAGCAGAAGACGGCUGCAGCCAUGCUGGCCCAGCAGAUGCAGUUCAUGCUGCCAGGAUCCAGCUUGCCUGCUGUGUCUUCUUUUCCUGUUGGUCAGAGUCUGGGGCCAGGACCUGGGAUCAGUUACUCCCCCUACCUCUCUCCAGUCACUCAUGGGAUGGGACUGGUUGCUACGGAGAUGCUCCCGAGCAACCCUGUGAUUGUCUCUGGCAGCCCUGCAAUAGCAGUGCAGAGCUCGAACUCCGCUUCCUCAUCCCAGAAAACAUUGCGCUCUGACAAGCUGGAGGUGUGUAGAGAGUUUCAGCGGGGGAACUGCUCCCGAGGAGAGACAGACUGUCGGUUUGCCCACCCUAGUGACAGCCCCAUGAUUGACAGCACUGAUAACACAGUGACAGUGUGCAUGGACUAUGUGAAGAGCCGCUGCUCCAGAGAAAAGUGCAAAUACUUUCACCCUCCUGCUCAUUUGCAGGCACGCCUCAAAAGCUCUCAGAGCACACAGAGCACUGCUGCAACUGCUGCUAUGACUCAGUCAAGUGCCAAAGUGCUGAAGCGACCCCUCGAGGCAACUGUUGACAUGGCAUUUCCUCACAGCAUGUUGCAGCCACUGGCUAAGCGAGUGGCUCUAGAGAAGAGUGCAGGGCAUGGUGGUCUUUUAAACCCCAGUGUUUUUCACUACCAGCAAGCUCUUGCCAACACACCUCUGCAGCAUUCUACUGCACUGUUCCCUACAGGCUCAGUCUUGUGCAUGUCCCCUGGACCUGGCAUUGAUCAUUUUGAAAUAGAGUGCAGGAGAGAGACAGAGUGCCAGCGCAACAUACACACACUUCUUAAUCAAAGAGUGUGUGGAUGUAACAUCCUCAAUUCCACAGAAUUACUGCUACAUGCAUGCUGAUACACACACACACAGCCUAACAAUAUUUUCUUUACAGCUAUGUUGAAGAACAUUAUACAUAUAGACACAUUAUAUAUAUAUAUAUAUGUGUGUGUAUAUAUAUAUAUAUAUAUAUAUAUAUAUAUAUAUAUAUAUAUAUAUAUAUAUAUAUAUAUAUAUAUAUAUAUAUAUACAUAUACAUAUAUAUAUACAUACAUACAUACAAUAUAUACACAGCAACAAAGAAACUAAUUAAACAUAUAUGUUUCUAAACCUGUUUCACUGGAACAAAAUCUUAUUCUUUUUGCUUGUUUAUAUACAUUAUAUAAUUCUACACGUAUACACAGUAUCAUCACCAGUGUUGAGUAGAAAAUCAUUCAACACCUGUUUUACUGUGUGACUCUAUUUGCACUUUUAUUUUUUUUCUUUUAAGAAAAAAGGGCAACAUCUUGAGAAAGACUAUUAGAAGUCCAGUUUGAGGAUUUACACAAUUCUCACCAAGCUGAAUCAAGAGAUACUGAUAUAUGAGUGUUUAUCUGCCUGCAACGGCAUCAGAAAGGACUGUAUAACCGAGUGCCGAAACACAUCAAAGCCAUGCAAGAGGAUGGCAGGCAGCGCAUCACAACCCUGUAGGAGAAUGUCAAACGGCAUGUGAAAGCUAUGCAGGAGAAGGACAGAGUGAGUUCACCUCUCUGCUCCACACUUAAUGCUUUGCCUGAGCACUGCUGCAAUACAGCAGCCUGGAUGAUGAGAACUGUUAGCCAAAUUAUUGAUAGAGAAAAAAAAAAGAUUUUCACCUUUAACAGUGGCCAAACAGAAUAGUGACACACUAACCCUUUAAAACUUGAUGUAAAUUUGAACUUUAUUACUUCAUUACAGCCGUUCUUUUAUAAUUUCUUUAGCUGACAGUGUAGUGUUCAGGUUUUGCCACAGUAGAGGUUAUUCUCUUAUUCUCUUGAUACUGUGCUGUGGGAAGAAAAAGACAGAAACAAAGAUAUGAUUGUGUGUGACUUUAUAUGUGUGUGUGUUUGUGCCUAGUGACACAACAUAGCAUACGUUACUACAUCUGGGCCCUACAGCUAGACUUAGUGUCUGGACGUCUCGGCAGUACGAGCUGUGUUUGGUCGAGCCAAACUGGGCUGAGGUCAUCCUGUUUUUUGGUUUCUAUAUUUAUUGUUAUGAUUCUGUAUAAGUGCCUAACAAUGUUCUUUACAAGCAUAAUAUGGAUACAGAUUUGUUCGUGUUUAAUUUUGUUGCUGCAAUCUGUCAUUUUCUCUCUCUCAGAAAAAAAAAGGUAAAAGCAGUUUAAAAGAAUGAUCAUGGAUGUCAUGUUCACUGGUGAUUUUAUUUUUUUUCCUUAUCGUUCAUGAAAAUUAUAACAGAAAUACUUACUACUAACACAAAAUGAUGUCCUGUAUAAGAGAAGUCUGUGACUGCUGUUUGGGAAAGCCUUUUCUCUACUUUGUAUAGAAUUUUUAAGCUCUUAUACAAGGUGAAUUUGUCUUGAGGUGGGAAUGCUGCAGGCUGUUGAGUCUCAGACUUCUAACACCUAUAAUGGAACAAUUUUCUCAAAGUAGCACUUCAUCAUUUAAUCAGUUGCUUUGGGACAAAAUUUACAAAUACAUUUGAUGUUUUAUUUUACAUUGAAAUCCAUAGGCCUCUUUAGGAUUCUACUUACGUUUAUUUCAUUUCCUAGAGCAGUGAUUGACAACAGCGUGACAUGUAACUGACCUACUACUUAAUGGUUCUACUAUUCUAAUCUACUUUAAUUUAGGAGACAGUCAAUUAUAUAAUUUCUAUUUGGAUGUGUGUUUGUGUGUUUAUAUGUGUGUUUUAAUUCAGGGCGGAGAUAAAAUGCCAUGUGAGAACCUAGACAAUCUUUAGUUUAGAUACGCAAAGGCACUGCUCAGAGUUGUAGUCAUUUAACUUCUCAGCAUCGCCUGAGGAUAAUUUAUGUUGUGAUCUAUAAGAUAUAUGAGAACUAUUAUGUAAUGUUAUGGUAUUGAUUGUGGUUAAUGGACCAUUGUUAUGUUUUGUUUUGAGAUGAAUGUAAUUUAUUUGAUGUAGGGCCUUGCUGUUUUAAAAGGCCAGCUUGGUGCCACUUUCUUCUCCUGCAUCACCUGACUUGUGUGGGAAGAUAAAAGCAUGGUGCUUGACUUUGGAAAGUUACAGUGUCCUCAUUAAAAAAGCAUUAAGCGUUACGUCGUAUUACACAGUUGUUUGUGAAUCUAAUGCUUCGAUAUAAUAGUCGUUGUUUGAGGUGUGUAACUAUGGCAGAAGUCAGCUUUCGUGAAAGACAAGUCUAGCAGUGAGUAAUGCAGGUAGCCAGCUGAGAGAAGCACUCAACACUGCAUGACGCAUCAAUGCAGGUCAGGCUGCAGAAGUGUUCACGUAAUGUCAAAUUAAAAAUAACACAGCAUUUCAGUUUAUAGUUCACUUUAAUGUGCUAAUAUUUUAGAACAGUACUAAUUUGUUAAUGUGACCGUUCAAAAUUGCUAUGAAUGAAAUUGUUUUUGUAAGUGAUGUUCCUGCUUUUUUUUUUUUUUCAAAGAUGUUAGGUUCAAAUAUAUUUUCCUUCUGGGAAAAUACUUAGUUUCAAUGCCUUAUUGUCAUGGACCAUACUAUUUAAUUGAAAAGUAUAUUAGUCUUAAAAAAUUGUUUCACUUCACUUAUUUAGAUAAGUGUUUACACAGUUUUAUUUCCACUGUCCAGAUGUAAAUGAAUAUUCGUUGGAAUUUCUUAAAAACAAAAUACUAGUGCUAAAAAAAAGCAGUGUGUUAUCACUCUAGAGCGUGAGCACAAUCCGGCUGUAGCACUAUAACGGAACAAACGUCACUGACAUUAUGAUAGAAUUGAAGUUUUGUUUCAGAGAUAAUAAUAGAAAUAAUAGAAAUAGAAAUGUUUACGGUGUUGUCCCUAAGGAUGAUCCAGUGUCAGAGAGCCUCAUGUUCUGUCUCUCAUUACAGAACUUCUACUAAACAUAUGAAUGUGUCUCAUCGUCAGUGCGUAUCAGUGCGUCUCCUGCUUUCUUAGUGUCAGUCUGGUGGAUAAGAAUUUCAGAAUGUAAUUUAUCUCUUGACUGUUGUAGCACAUUCUGGACAGGUUUAUGAGUUUGAGGGCUACAAGGCACUCACUACCUUAGUCUGUUCACUUGUGAUAUUUGCCUUAUCUUCUAUGUGUUGCUCUGAUCAUUUCAUCGCUCUUAAUGUUGUUUGAAGGUUUCUGUAAAACAAAAGGCUGUAUUGGCUCUCCUAAAACGAAAUAUAAAACUUAAUAUUCAAUAACCUAACGCUAAAAAAAGGGUCUGUGUAAUAAAACCUUUUCUCCACAACUGGAGUGAACGUGUAGGAUUAGAGCCCAAAGAUUGUUAAUUCAAACAGAAGAAAUGCAUGGGUAAUUUUGCUUCUUAAUGUGGAGAACAGGCUUUUAAAUAACACAUGUACUAAGCUGUACUUUGUUUUCUGAGCACUACCUUGUUCCUAGUCUCUAUUCAACACCAGUUACAAGGAAGAAUUCACAAGUUUCAAUUCCAUGCAGAUUAAAUAAGCCACACAUUAUAAGAUUUUAAAGAGUUUUUUUUAUAUGUUUCUUUGUGUAAUAUUAAGUAGUUUAUUGCUUUUUGGGUUCUGUAAACAUAAAGUUUGUAAAAUAUAUUGUCACAAAGUAAAUAAAAUCCUUUAAUGACCAUCA